AUGGCUCUGUCGCGGGGGCUCCCCCGAGAGCUGGCCGAGGCCGUGACCAGGGGCCGGGUGCUGGUGGUGGGCGCGGGCGGCAUCGUCUGUGAGCUCCUCAAGAGCCUCAUGCUCACCGGAUUCUCCCACAUCGAGCUGAUUGAUCUGGAUACUAUUGAUGUCAGCAAUCUCAACAGGCAGUUUUUGUUUUAAAAGAAACAUGUUGGAAGAUCAAAGGCCCAGGUUGCCAAAGAAAGUGUACUGCAGUUUUACCCAAAAGCUAGUAUCAUAGUCUACCAUGACAGCAUCAUGAACCCCGACUAUACUGUGGAAUUUUUUCGACAAUUUAUAUUGGUUAUGAAUGCUUUAGGUAACAGAGCUGCCCGAAACCGUGUUAAUAGGAUGUGUCUGGCAGCUGACGUCCCUCUUAUCGAGAGUGGACCUGCUGGUUAUCUUGGGCAAGUAACUACUAUCAAAAAGGGCGUGACUGAAUGUUAUGAAUGUCAUCCCAAACCAACUCAGAGAACUUUUCCUGGCUGUACAAUUCGUAACACACCUUCAGAACCUAUUCAUUGCAUUGUUUGGGCAAAGUAUUUGUUCAACCAGUUGUUUGGGGAAGAAGAUGCUGAUCAAGAAGUAUCUGCUGACAGAGCUGACCCAGAAGCUUCCUGGGAACCAAUGGAAGCUGAAGCCAGCGUCAGAGCAUCAAAUGAAUAUGGUGACAUUAAGCGUGUUUCCACAAAGGAAUGGGCUAAAUCAACUGGAUAUGAUCCAGUUAUACUUUGUACCAAGCUUUUUAAAGAUGAUAUCAGGUAUCUGUUGACAAUGGACAAACUAUGGCGGAAAAGGAAACCUCCAGUUCCAUUGGACUGGGCUGAAGUACAGAGUCAAGGAGAAAAAAUCAAUUCAGUAGAUCAACAAAAUGAACCCCAGUCAGGUCUAAAAGACCAGCAAGUUCUAGAUGUAAAGAGCUAUGCAUGUCUUUUUUCAAAGAGCAUUGAGACUUUGAGAGUUCAUUUAGCAGAAAAGGGGGAUGGAGCUGAGCUCAUUUGGGACAAGGAUGACCCAUCUGCCAUCUUUGUCACCUCUGCUGCAAACCUCAGGAUGCAUAUUUUCAGUAUGAAUAUGAAGAGCAGAUUUGAUAUAAAAUCAAUGGCAGGGAACAUUAUUCCUGCUAUUGCUACUACUAAUGCGGUGAUUGCUGGGUUAAUAGUAUUGGAAAGAUUGAAGAUUUUAUCAGUAAAAAUAGACCAGUGUAGAACAAUUUUUUUGAAUAAACAACCAAACCCAUGGAAGAAGCUCCUUAUGCCUUGUGCACUGGAUCCUCCCAACCUCAAUUGUUAUGUAUGUGCCAGCAAGCCAGAGGUGACUGUGCGACUGAAUGUCCAUAAAGUGACCGUUCUCACAUUACAAGAUAAGAUUGAGAAAGAAAAAUUUCCUAUGGUAGCACCAGACGUCCAAAUCGAGGAUGGGAAAGGAACAAUCCUAAUAUCUUCAGAAGAGGGAGGGACAGAAGCUAAUAAUCACAAGACGUUGUCAGAAUUUGGAAUUAGAAAUGGGAGCCGGCUUCAAGCAGAUGACUUUCUUCAGGACUACACUUUAUUGAUCAACAUCCUUCAUAGUGAAGACCUGAAGGAUGUGGAAUUUGAAGUUGUUGGUGAUGCCCCAGAAAAAGUGGGGCUCAAACAAGCUGAAGAUGCUGCCAAAAGCAUAACCAAUGGCGGUGAUGAUGGACCUCAGCCUUUGACAUCCACAGCACAAGAGCAAGAUGAUGUGCUCAUAUUUGAUUCAGAUGAAGAAGGUCCUUCAAAUAAUGCUGACAUCAAUGCAGAAGAGAGAAGUCGCAAGAGGACAUUGGAUGAGAAAGAGAAUAUCAGUACAAAGAGGUCACGCACAGAACAGACAAAAGGGCUUGAUGAUAUUAUAGCAUUAGACUGAACAGCAGUG